AUGGAAUAUUAUUGCACUAUAAGAAAUGACAAACAGGAUGAUCUCAGAAAAUCCUGGAAAGACUUACAUGAUGUACUUUACUGAUGUAAUGUGAAGCAAACAGAACCAAGAGAAUGUUACCCACAAUAAUAGCAACAUAUUGUUCGAUGAAAGAAUUGGGAACAAUUUAGCCAAUCUCAGCAAUACAUGAUCCAAAACAAUGCCAAAGGACUAAUGAUGAAGCAUCGUAUUCACUUCCAGAAUUGCCUCAAUAUUGAUGGAAUAUAAAUGGAAGAAUGCUAUUUUUAUUUUCUUUUUUUCUUUUUUUUAUAUUUUAUUUGAGCCUUUUUGUACAAAAUGACUAAUAUGGAAUUAAUUUUGCAUAGCUGAAAAAAAAAUAAAGUCCUCUUUUAAUUCCAAAUCUAGUUUUGAUGGGAGAUUUUUAGGCAUUGCUGGUAGAACUAUUUGGGGGUAAGAGGCUUGGUAGAGAUGGAAGGAAAGAGAGGAAAUCUUCCCUUCCUCCUCUCUGAUCUCUUGAUCAGCCAGGACAUGGAUGGCUUUAGUCUUUUAAGCAGAGUAGGAUUCCUGUGGUGAUGGUCUCUGGAAAUUGUGAUGUCGUGGAAAUCUCCUCCCUUUGGUCAGUUGAUUCCCCGAAUCCCAAAUUCAGGAACUCAAAAUAUGGGUUAAAAGUGAAAGCUAGAGGCAAUGAUUUCUCAGGAUUACUAAUUACUGAUCUGUGCCCGGAAAAGAAAAGAAAAAAUCAGAAAGAGUCCACAAAUUGAGAUCUCUAGAAAACACUAGCCCCAGAUUAUGAAUUAACACAUGUCUCCCAUGACCAUUUGCUUCUGCUAUUGGCUAACAGCAUCUGUUGGUCUUCCUCACCUUGUUUUCCUCUGUCAGGAACUACAAGGAAGAGGAAGUACUGGGAAGUGUCCAGAAGAGAUUAAAGGAACUGUUUCUCCUCAGAACUAUUAGAGGCUAAGAGGGGAAGGUGCUUCCAAUAAUCCUGGCUUAUUGACCCAGUCAACCAAUCAAUAUAAGAUUGGUUAUAUUUGAUUAUGUAAAAUUAAAAUAUUUUUGAACAAGCAAAACCAAUGCAACCAAAAUUAUAAAGCAAGCGGAAAACUGGGGGAAACUUUUUUGCAACAAAUAUCUGUGAUAAAGGCCUCCAGGCCUUUAUCCACCACCAGAGACUCAUCAAGGGAGCCCAUGGUGUCCUCUCGACUGGGUGCACGGGCCUUGCCAAGGUGACAAGUGAGCCCAUACAGUUCCAUAGAAGAUGUUCUGAGCUAACAAAACUCACACUAUUUUCUCAAAUGCACUGAAGGAUGUACACAGUCUAUGUAAAUCUUCUUCCCACACAGAGAAAAGUGCAACAAAGCAGCAUGAUAUAGUAGUCUUGGAUUCAGAGGGAUCUGAGUUCAAAUCUUUCCACUUCCAGAGCUAUGAUCCUAUAAAAUUUUGACAGACUGUUUCUAGCAUCAAUGAUAGAGGGACCAUGAAGGGAAGGUUCUUGGAGAAAUAUAAGUCUUCCCUCCUUCCUCUCCCACUGUGGAAUAUUUUGGAUAAUCUGCCCGUUGUGGAAGAACCAAUUUUUUUGCCCUGUCACCAGAGCACUGAUCCUGUGAGGUCACAGGGGAGCCGAGUCUGAAUCUUGGCUCUGCUGAUCUUGCCUGGGUAACCCUGGACAGGUCCGCUCCCCUCUCCGAGUGUCCCUCCUUUCAUCCGUACGAUGGAGCAGGGCUACAUGAUGUCCGAAGUCCCUUCCACUUCUAUCUCUUAAUCAGGAAUCAAUAAGCAUUGAUUAAGCAUUUGCUGUGUACCAGACCCAGGGAUUCAAGGACAAAAAUGACACAUCUCACAUUGAGAAACUAAUCUUCUGUUAAGGGAGGGGAGCCGCCCAUUUAUGAUCACAUACAGAAUAAAGGCAAAUGAUGGAUUUCUUUUAUAACAAGUGAUCAUUGAUGGAUUUGGGCUGGACCUGGCUGGAUUCCUGCCUCUGAUCACUAGGCUGUGUGCUCCUCUGGCCACAGUCAGCAGAGGGCGCCUGCUCUGUCGGGAGGGCCGGCCCAAGCUGGGAAGACCACAGACAAAAUGAAGUCAUGGCAGCUUCUCCUCUGCGGGCUCUCCUCCCUGCCUCUGACAGGCUGCCAAGCCAGGAGGCUUUAGCUCUCAGCGGGGGCCCUUCUGCCUUCCCUGGCACCAGGGGCAAGGACCUGAUCCUUGGGGGAAGCAGGAGCGGGAAAAGCCUCUCUGAGCGUUUCUGUCUCCCCCCCCCCACCAGAUUUGCAGCCACCAAAGAUCUCACAGGUGAUAGAGAGGAAACCACCCCCAUCAGCCCCUGGAGGUGCGAGAGCUCAGGCUUUGCUGAGUAGCUGUUGGCCCAGUUUCUUCGGGCUCCGGUCACCCUUGGGUGUUAUCUGAGUUAUUUGAGUGAGAACAGCUGCCCCAUCCUCGGAGGAGCUCCUCCUGCCGCCGGCCCCUCUCUCAGGAUUCCCAUAGUCAAACCCCAGAUUUCUGCAUGAAUGAACGUAUCCCAAACCUGCAACUCGGCACUCAGCUCCCCGGCAGAGGCCUACAUCUACAUGACUUUCUAUGGCCUCCUCUUCCUCUCCGGGCUCACCCUCAACAUCCUGGCCCUCUGGGUCUUCUGCUGCCGGAUGAAGAAGUGGACAGAGAUGCGGGUGUACAUGGUCAACCUGGCCUUGGUGGACAGCGGCCUGGUCCUACUCUUCCCCGUGGUCAUCUACUUCGCACGGGUCAGCUGCCUCGAGGCCCUCUCCUGCCAGGUGCCCCAAGGCAUCUACCUGGUCAAUUCGUACAUGAGCAUCAGCAUCCCCACGGCCAUCGGUGUGGACCGUUACUUGGCCAUCAGGCACCCGCUUAAGGCCAAGGCGCUCCGAACCCCGGGCCGGGCAGCCAUCGUCUGCGCCUUCCUCUGGCUCGUGGUCACCGGCCUGUUGAGUUUCCGGGUCGUGUGGCAGCUCCAUGACGGCACCUUCUGCUUUUGGAAGAUGUCGAAGAUCCAUGUGUCCAUGGUGGUCCUCUCCCUGCUGGGAUUUUUUAUCCCCCUGGGGAUCCUGGUCUUCUGUACGUUCCAGAUCGUGGGCAGCCUCUGGAGGGUGCAGAGAAGAGAGCUGUCCAGGGUCAGACAGAUCCGCAAGAGCAUGUACAUGGUGCUGGCCAGCCUGCUGGUGUUUGUUGUCUGCUUCCUGCCCCUGCACGUGACGAUCCUGCUGAACUUCUUCCUGGGGCCCAUCGACAAGUUCCGAAAGGUUUUCGUGAUUGUCAGUUUUCUUGCCAACACCAACUGCUGCCUGGACGCCGUCUGCUACUACUUUGUGGCCGAGGAGUUCCAGGAAAUGACUCCUUUCUUCUGCCUCCGGUGGAAAUGCCGCAGAGCUGAGGCCCACCAGGACCUGACGACGUGCACGACCCUGAUGUAGGCCGGGUCUGCCGCCCCCCAGCUUGGCAAUGUCGGAGGCUGGAUUUCUCUCCCGUUGCUCCCUGGGCCGCUUCAGCUCCCUUAGAGAAACCUGGUAAUGAGCCCAAGAAUCACAGUCCCCCCCCCUCUCCAGGUGGAAACCCUGACUCCUGGCUGGCCAGGAAAUCCCUUCUGCGAAGGGGACCCUAAGGCAGAAGCUGCCACAAAUCUGUCUAGAAGAAUGGACUCUAGAGCCUGGGAACCUGGGACUCUUUUCCUAAGCUGAAUGGGGGAAGUGUGCUAUGGAGCAGCCAUCAGGGGCUGCGGGGCCAGGUAACGGGUGACAGGCUGGACUAGCAUGUGCACGGAGAGUCUGCCCUUAGCUUUGCUUUUAUCCAAUUGGUCUGCAGGAAAGAGCACAGGGGACUCCAGAAGGGGGUGGCUCCACCUACAGCAGUCUGGAGCUGACCACCCCAUGUCCACGUAUCUUCUUCCUAUCCUACCCUCUGGCCACUGCUCCCGUCUCUCCCAUGGCUCUGGAGCUGGGUUGAUCAGCCAGCGCUCACCAUGACACAAUGUCAGCCACUUCCCUGCCAUCUUCCUGGUAUACCUGGCCCUGCCCCCUCUCGACUUUGCUGCGGGACCAGUAAGUAAAUCAACACUACCGUUCCUUCCAGGAAGAGUUUGUCAGCUGCCCAUCCCAUAUCAUCUUCCAUGUUUUUGCUUUUAAAUAAUUAUUUCCUCAGUGAUGGAACACAGUGGUUAGCUCAUAGUAAAUACUUAAUGAACGCUUUUAGUUCAUUCAUUCAUUCACUCAUUUAUUCAC